AUGGAUAGACGCGCGAGUAUAACGGCGAGAACAACGAACAUCGAGGCCUCGAGAAAGAGAAAAGAGGAACAGAGGGCCUGGACACCGGCGGAUACGAGAGAGUGGGGCGCUGAAGGCUGUACAACUAAGGGUGAGGAGCUCCUCACCACUGUCGCUGGCCUUCCCGAGGACACGUCGAACAAAAGGGGCUGCAAAUCGGCCGCGCAAGUGUGGAUGUCUUUAUUGUCCCUGUGCGACCGGAUGUGCGGCUCUGCCGCGUGGCUCGUCCUCUUCACAUGUCUCAACGGGGAGGGCCGGGGGGAAGUGACAGACAUCAGCGCAAGUCCUGGAAGGCAAGCACCUGCCAACCAGUUGCGCCCCAAGGAACCACCCCCCAUGGUCAUUCAGGGAGAUUUCAGAAAGGUGAGUGGAAUCAGCACAGAGAUCUUCAAACAGAUCGAGACCGUCGAGAACGAUCAUGACGCCUCGACAGCAGCGGCCCUCGAAGCUGUCGAACGAAGGGGUGAGAUGGUCGUCCGGGUCAUCGAGCCACGACAGAUGGGCAGACAGGCGUCCGAGGCAGCGAACAAGUUCAUUGCGAUGCAGGAUCCGAAACACCCCAUUCAUUUCGUCGAGAUAAUCAAAAGGCCAGGACAGACGCUGGGGCUCUACAUACGAGAGGGCAAUGGCGUCGACAGAAACGAUGGUGUCUUUAUCUCAAGGGUAGCCCUGGAGACCGCAGUCUACAACAGUGGCUGCCUGAAGGUUGGGGAUGAGAUUCUUGCGGUGAAUCUGGUCGACGUAACGCAUAUGAGCUUGGACGACGUCGUAAUCAUCAUGUCGAUACCCAGGAGACUCGUCCUGGCGACAAGGCGUGGACAACACCAGCCAGUCUCGCAUAGUCGUCAGGCUGAACACAAGGCACCUCCGGUCGUAGUGAUCAAGAGGGACUUAAACGAAGAUGAGAGCGACCAUGCAACGAGCAAUCACGUCAGAGAUAGCAAUCGUAGACGUGGCGACGGUCGCGAAAUGCUACCAUCCCGGACGAGGUUAGGUCUGACAGGUCUCGGUUCCAGUCAAGACCUGGGAUCCAGUAACGGUGAUCUGUUCUACAACUCCAGACCGGAGGGACACUGUCCUAUCGGUUGGUCCUAUCAACCACCGCCACCGCCUGUAAUCACACACCAACCUAAACCCUCCACAACGCAACACUUCCAGCCUUACGAGCGCGGAUACCCAAAAACUUUGGAGAGUUUAGCUGAAAAAGAUUUCACAAAGGUACACUCCUUCUACACGGGGCCAUCUAUGCCCUCCAAUGGUCGUCGGAUGUCCACGGGCGCNGGAAUGCAGUCAGUUGGUAGCAGAUUGUCUAGUCAGAGUCAGUCAUCGCAUUAUGCUUAUGGUCAACAUACUGGAAGUGGAAGAAUCAUGCCUAGAAGUGGUUCGGAUCAACAUUUGCCACGAGUGGAUUAUACGAGCAUCACCACUCCAGCUCGACAUACUCUUCUUAGAUCCAGUUUAAAGUCAGGAACAUCUGCAUUAAGAUAUAAUACCAGAUACAGCACUCAGGGAGACACCACGUCGACUACCCAAAGACAAGGUCAAUUUGGCACUCUGACAAGGAGGCAUCGGCCAUCAUUGGACUACGCUUCUGACACUGAAGCAACCUGUUCAAGUUCACCAAAAUCGGCGUAUUAUUACUACAGACACAAUAUGAACAAUCCACCUCAAAGUAGCGCUGUCUCACAUCUUGCCACCUUGUCGAGGUCACAGAUUGGUCAGAGUUCCUCAGGCUUGAGAUCAAAUUCGUUGCCACGUAGUGGCAGGACAUUGCCUCAACAACCAGGUCUCAGGUCUGGACUUAGCACAGUAGCAUCUGGACUAAUAGAUCAAGAAGAUAGCGAUGGAGCACUAUCAGCACCAGAGCUACCUUCCAUUAGACGCGAUAGAGGAAGAAUACCAUCAUCACCUAGUGUGUUCACAUCAGAUGAGUACCGAGCAUGGUUGAGUCGAACGCCGAGUACCAGUGCAUUGUACGAGCAGAUCAGAGCCACUACGACUAGGCCACCACGUUACACUUACAGCGCAGAGAAUAUCCAUGCAGCUGCAAAUCAAGGUGAAUAUGGAAGCUAUGGGGCGUACAGGCCACUUUCCAGCACAUUAGAUCGUCUGUCAACGAGAUCAGCCUCUGCACAACAAGUGAAUCUUGCCAACCUGAGGGCAUCGACAGCAAUCAGCUCAACGUGCCAUCGUGGAACAGCAAAUCCACGACCAGCCUCUGUUGCAUCUAGUGCUCGUACAUCUUUAACGAGUCAGAAACCAUCAUUGAGUAGCUCCACUACCCAAAGAGCAACGUCAGUCAGAAGAAUCAGGAACCUUCUGGACUUGGAGUCCACGCGGAGUAUACCUACCCCUACGCCUACCAGAACUCAGGAUCAAAGACUGCUAGAUAUUAAUCCUGCAGAGUUCCUUAAGUAUAAGAUAGAAAAGCCUCCGACUGUGGGAACUCCAAACUCGACUAGCUCUCUUUUGAGCUCGCUUGGGGAAACCAGUAGUGGCGAUUUGGCCGGUGGGGUUAGUGGGCUGCUGUGGGUCCAUCUUCUGGCUGGGCGUGGUCUCCGUUCGACAACAUCUUCCUCAGCGGCCACUACACCAUCCACACCAUCAGGUCAGCCUAAUUUAGCUAGUUGCGGCUUGAGAGACCUCUACUGCGUGCUGGAGUGCGAUAGGGUGCACAAGGCGAGAACAGUGAUGCGAACCGGUGAUUUGAUGUUUGAUUGGGAUGAAACCUUCGAGCUGGACCUCGUUGGCAACCGGCAGUUAGACCUACUAGUCUAUUCCUGGGAUCCACAAUAUAGGCACAAGCUCUGCUAUAAAGGAUCUGUACAUUUGGCAACCCUUUUAAAGGAGUCACCAGUACAUCAGUUAGCUGUCAAAGUCGAACCACGCGGUACAAUUUAUCUAAGACUACGAUACACUGAUGCUCAGCAGACAUUCCGAAGAAGAGGACUUCCGGUCAUAUCCCUAGCCACCAGAGUGGCGCCGCUCUUUGGAGUUGACUUGGAUACAGUGGUGAGCCGAGAGAGCAAGACUGGUGGAGUUCCUGGAGGUGUUUCUACGGCCCUAGCAAUGGGCUUUCCAAAUGUGCCCAUAAUCGUGUGGCGCUGUGUCGAAGAAGUCGAAAGAAGAGGUCUUGACAUUAUUGGUCUGUACAGGCUUUGUGGAUCAGCUACGAAAAAGAGGAUACUUAGGGAGGCUUUUGAAAGGAAUGCUCGUUCAGUGAACUUAUCGCCUGACAAUGUGCCAGAUAUUAACGUGAUUACUGGUGUACUGAAGGAUUAUCUACGAGAACUUCCAGAACCACUCUUCACGAAGUGCCUCUACCAAAUGAUGGUCGAUGCACUGGCCAUCUGUCUACCGGAUGAUCCACAGGGCAACGCGAAGCUUAUGUUCAGUAUACUUGACUGUUUACCAAAAGUCAAUAGGUGUACGUUAAUCUAUCUGCUGGACCACCUUGCAAUGGUGGUAUCACAAUGUAACAAGAUGUCACCAGCAAGUCUAGCAGUUUGUUUCGGGCCAGUUUUGAUGUUACAUUCGGAAGAGAAUGGACCACCCUUAGAUUUCCAACAGCCAAUAGCAGUCUUGAAGUACCUCCUCGAAAUUUGGCCCGUUAAGUCAGUUCGGAAGAUUUCUUCAGUCGCUUCAGCGCUUCCUCGAGUUACGCCAACAACCGAACACAACAACAGUCAACACCAACUGCAGCAGCAGCAGGUGCAACAGCAAAUGCAGCAACAGGUGCAACAGCAAAUGCAGGGAACAUUGGGACGCACAGGGCUGCCCUGGCAGCCUCAACACUCACUUCAUCAACCGCCCCCAACUACGGCACCAUCCGUAGCCCUCGCGGCCUCCACUCGUCCUGCACCACCGGUCAAGCCCCGACAGGUGAUAGUCUCGUCUCCCGGUUCACCUAGCAGCGAGGAGUCGGAAGCCUCGCCGGAGCCGAUUAAUAAGAGUCUUCUGGGUGGCCUGGGACUCGAAAAGAACAACGAUGAGGCCACAGCGAACUCGACUGGCCCAGGAACAGAGCAAAUCACGCCGACCAGCAGCGUCGACACCGAGGAGGGAAAUAUACCACAUCCGGAAGAGGGUGAAAAGGGUGUCGAGGGUGACGCAGAGGCCAGCGAUGACGAUCGACAUCAGCAUGUACCUAAGACGCAUUAG